GCGGCGGCGCGGGGCCAGGACCCCGGCGGGCAGAGGCGGCGACGCGGUCACCCGAGAGUGUGCGGCCGGGCAGCUGAGAGUCGGGCGCCUCGCCCUGCUGGCCGGUGGGGAUGCGGGACCGGCUGCCCGACCUCACGGCGUGUAGGAAAAACGACGAUGGAGACACUACUGUCGUCGUUGUUGAAAAGGACCAUUUCAUGGAUGAUUUCUUCCAUCAGGUGGAGGAGAUUCGAAGCAGCAUAGCCAGGAUUGCUCAACACGUGGAAGACGUAAAGAAGAACCACAGCAUCAUCCUUUCUGCCCCAAACCCAGAAGGAAAAAUAAAAGAAGAUCUUGAAGAUCUGAACAAAGAGAUCAAGAAAACCGCUAACUGGAUCCGAGGCAAGCUGAAGUCUAUCGAGCAGAGUUGUGAUCAGGACGAGAGUGGGAACCGAACGUCAGUGGACCUGCGGAUACGAAGGACUCAGCACUCGGUGCUGUCACGGAAAUUUGUGGACGUCAUGACAGAAUACAACGAAGCGCAGAUCCUCUUUCGGGAGCGAAGCAAAGGCCGCAUCCAGCGCCAGCUAGAGAUCACUGGGAGGACCACCACAGACGACGAGCUGGAGGAGAUGCUGGAGAGCGGGAAGCCGUCCAUCUUCAUCUCGGAUAUUAUAUCGGAUUCACAAAUUACUAGGCAAGCUCUCAACGAGAUCGAGUCACGUCAUAAAGACAUCAUGAAGCUGGAGACUAGCAUCCGAGAGCUGCACGAGAUGUUCAUGGAUAUGGCCAUGUUUGUGGAGACCCAGGGUGAAAUGGUCAACAACAUCGAGAGAAAUGUGAUGAAUGCUGCCGACUACGUCGAACACGCCAAGGAAGAAACCAAGAAAGCCAUCAAAUAUCAGAGCAAAGCCAGGCGGAAAAAGUGGAUAAUUGCUGCUGUGGUGGUGGCUGUCAUUGCUGUCCUGGCUCUAAUCAUUGGCUUGUCGGUUGGCAAAUGAUUGCGUAGAUGGCGCUGGGUGCUUGCCUCUCCCUCAGGGUGGCAAAGGUGAUGUUCAUCCUCAUUUGUGUAGUCACUUUGCUUGUGAUCCUUGGAAUUAUCCUAGCAACAGCAUUGUCAUAGCAACCACACCCCAAGAGCUCUUUAUCCUCAGAGACUCCAACCACACCUGCAGCAGAGUCAGUGUCCUGUCCGUCCACCUGUGGCUCUCAGACCCAGGGCUAGUGGCGCGUGCUGAGGUUUUUAUUGGAGGCGAAGAAUAAAGCACCACAGAGGUUUCAGGCCACGAAAAUGCCACGAGCUGAGUGGAUGCCACGUGCCAGCCCAGAUAGCCUUGGUCUCUGAAGGGCUCCACAGAGAUUUCACAAUGGUGGCCUUCUCUCAGUAGCCUUAAAAUAGGAAUGGUUGAAAAAUCCAACUUAAAAAAAAUAUGUCAGUGUUAAAAAUAUGUGUGCAGUUUAAUUAGGGCGUGCUCUGUGCUCUCUCAGCUGACAGAUAAUGAAGAGACUGCACCGGGCCUGAUUUCUGUUCAUGUCUUGCUUGCAGAAUCAUCACAGAACUGUUUUGUAAGGUAUCUGUAAUUUUAAAUAGCUAUAAAUUAAAUUCCUUAAUAUAUUAACAUCGAACCCCCCCUUUUCUAAGCUAGACACUGCCUGAGAAGGAUAACAGGCAGGCCCUAGGCACAGGACUGUCACUGAAACCUGGCCUUGCAGCCCUCAGUGCUUUCUGGUGACCCUGACCUAGGAAGUGUAAGGGUUGGAAAAGUCUUGAUUGCCUUUAGCUCACUUCUGCCUGCUUCAUUAUGGAGGGGACACAGCCAUGCGCUGUGCUCACGUCACCCUUUCCCCGUUCACUGGUGCUGGUGGAGUCUCAAGGCAAGACGAUGGUGGAAGCAGGACUUGGUGCUCACUGACCUCACAGGAGUAGUCCCAGUUGC